AUGAAGAGGUCGGUAACGAGAUAUUUUGUAGUAAGCAGUGAGAUGGAGGCUCAUCACAAGCUCACAGAGUUCACCAAAGGCAAGUUGGUACUUAUUCCUUUGUAUCAAACAGGGAAGCCAUCAUCUGCUGAAUGCAGGGAAACGAUCAUACCCAACUCUUCUUCUUCAAAGUCCUACGCUUACGUGAAUCAUUCACCGGAGAAGAAGCCACCAGCUUUUGGUCAUGAUUCUGGUGGUGGUGACUUGUUUGGUGAUGAAAGUGUGGACUUAAGAGCUGCAAAUUAUAUUUCAGUUGUUCGGGAGCGAUUUAGGCUAGAAAUGGCCAGCUGAACUCCCUUGUUCAGGAGUUUUUAGAAGUUUAAGUAAUUGAGUUUUUGCAUUACCUGUUUGUGUGUCUAAUAUGUGCAAGUUUUACU